UUUUCAGAUGAAAUAAAUUGUUUGUAUUUUAAGAUUUACAGCAAUACUCUUUCAUGAUUUGGUUAUGAUUUGAUCGUUAAAUGAUCGUAAGCUGAGAAUGGCUGCUUCUAAUGGAUUAGUUCCCCAUUUAGCCUCCAGCUAUAUGCAGUUGGCGGUCACCUUAGAUCACGCAGACUUAAACACGACAGGACUGCUUAAACCAGAUCCUUAUGUAGAGAUAAUCGUCGACGGUAAACCGCCGAAAAAGACUGAAAUAUAUAAAAGUUCUUAUCACCCAAAAUGGCAGGCUGAGAUAUCUGUGAUUGUGACGGCGUACAGUAAACUAGUGUUUAGAGUAUAUAAUCACAGCACUUUUAAGAAAGAUUCAUUGCUAGGAAAUUGUUCGUUAGACCUGUAUUCUGUAUUAAAGCAGAAUAAUGGGAAAUGUGAUAAUUUCGAGCUCGCCCUGGACCUCAAGUCACGUGACAAGAACGUGACGAGCAGUAGCGAGGUUAAUGUUGGUAUUCUGUUCAUGAAGCUGAGCGGGGUUCAUGUAAAUAUGGAUAAUCUAGCUCGAAGUCCAGGUCCUCCAACCCAUACAGUCCACUCUAGUCCGGAGGAAUCAAAUCUAACCUCCUUCUCAACUUCAACUAGUCCAAUACCUUCACCAGCUCACAGAGAUGAUGAAGACUGUGAAGGGGGGAGGAGUCAGUCCGCCCCCAGCGAUAAUCCUGUUGUUAACCCUAGAUCUAAACUACCAGCUAUUUGUAAAAGCAGAUCUGGUGGAAGCAGUUUAUCUUCGGCUGGGAAUCAUACUGCUGCUAGCAAUGGUCAACUACCUCCCCUUCCCACUCCAUAUUCUUCUCAAGUCCCUGAAAACCAUUCCUCCGGAUCCCGACACCUCAACUUACCUCCUAUAUCAGAUAUUCAGAGAUCCAUGGUUUCUCAACCAUCUCAGGGUAUACAUCCACAACAACCGCAGGACGCAUCAGGAACACCUGGAGGUACAGUUGCAGUGGCGGGGGGAGCAGUACCUGGAGCUCCAGGAGUAGUAGGAGCUCCUGUACCAGAGGAACCUCUUCCUCCAGGAUGGGAGAUGAGAUUUGACUCUUACGGACGCAAAUACUAUGUAGAUCAUAAUACAAGAUCAACUACCUGGGAGAGACCCCAGCCCCUGCCACCAGGCUGGGAGAUGAGAAGAGAUCAAAGAUCUAGAGUUUACUAUGUUGAUCAUAACACUAGGCAAACCACGUGGCAGAGACCAAACACACAUAGACUACAGCAGAUGGCAAACUGGCAGGGAGAACGAGCACGAGUAAUGCAAAUGAAGAAUCAAAGAUUCCUGUUUCCAGAUCAGCAGCGAACAGCAGAGGAUGAUCCAUUAGGCCCUCUACCGGACGGUUGGGAGAAGCGGGUUGAACCGAAUGGUCGAGUUUAUUUUGUAAAUCAUAAGAACCGGACAACACAGUGGGAGGAUCCUCGGACCCAGGGACAGCUUCAUGAAGAACCUCUUCCUAAUGGUUGGGAGAUGAGGUUUACGGAGGAUGGAGUUAGAUAUUUUGUGGAUCAUAAUACAAGGACAACUACGUUUGAUGAUCCAAGGCCGGGAGCUACUAAACAAGGACCGAAGGGUGCCUACGGUGUCCCGGCUCAGUACGAACGUUCGUUCCGAUGGAAGCUGAACCAAUUCCGAUAUCUCUGCCAAUCCAACGGUUUACCCUCCCAUAUCAAACUUACAGUUUCCCGGCCAACUCUGUUUGAGGAUUCCUUCCAUCAGCUGAUGCGUUUACCGGCAUACGAACUUCGUCGACGAUUAUACAUUAUCUUCAAGGGUGAAGAGGGUCUGGAUUAUGGAGGAGUUUCUAGAGAAUGGUUUUUCACAGUUUCUCACGAGGUGCUGAAUCCUAUGUACUGUUUGUUUGAGUACGCGAAUAAGAACAAUUAUAGUUUACAGAUUAAUCCAGCCUCAUAUGUUAAUCCUGAUCAUCUUCAUUACUUCAAGUUUGUAGGACGGUUUAUCGCUAUGGCAAUGUACCACGGGAAGUUUAUCUACAGCGGAUUUACGAUGCCUUUCUAUAAGAGGAUGUUGAAUAGAAAACUUACUAUGAAGGAUAUAGAGAGUAUAGACCCUGAGUUCUAUAAUUCUCUAGUUUGGAUCAAGGAUAAUAAUCUUGAGGAGUGUGGAUUAGAGAUGUUCUUCUCAGUUGAUUUUGAACUGCUUGGUGAGAUUAAACCACAUAAUCUGAAACCAGAUGGAGCUGAUAUCAUGGUUAAUGAAGAAAACAAGGAGGAAUACCUAGAGUUAGUUACAGAGUGGAGAAUGACAAGAGGAAUAGAAGAACAGACUAAAGCAUUCCUUGAUGGAUUUAAUGAGGUUGUUCCUCUGGAAUGGUUGCAGUACUUUGAUGAACGUGAACUUGAGCUUAUUAUCUGUGGUAUGCAAAAUAUUGAUGUGGAGGAUUGGCAGAAGAAUACAAUAUACCGCCACUACACAAAGACAAGUAAACAGGUUCAAUGGUUCUGGGCUUAUGUCAAGGCGAUGGAUAAUGAAACAAGGUCCCGUCUUCUUCAGUUUGUGUGUGGGACCUGCCGGGUCCCUGUAGGUGGAUUUGGGGAACUCAUGGGAUCCAAUGGCCCUCAA